AUGGCUUCGGGCGCAACUUGCGUUCAAAGACUCGAUGGUUCACGGGAUUCUGCAAUUCACACCAAGUAUCGCAUUUCGCUACGUUCUUCAUCGAUGCGAGAGCCGAGAUAUCCGUUGCCGAGAGUCGUUUUGACAUAUUUGAAGAUGACGACGCCGCCCGCGCACACCGUUUCCGGGGCAACGGGGACGCGCUCUCUCGUUCAAGUUCCUUGGCGCAAUUCGCGCCGGUGUUCGUUUGUACGCCCGGAAGGGUAUGAACCCCCCCGGGAUAAAGGGACGAGGAGCACGCCGAGACGGCCCCUCGUCCCCCGCUUUGAAACUAGUUCUCGGGUCGUUCUGCUAGGCAGGUUUCGACAAUGA